ACUACUAAUAAAGAUUAGGGCAUAAGGCCAAAGUGUUACUGAUAAGGUAGGGAUUCUGACAAUGAUAUGUGUUGGAUGUUGCAAAAUCUUCAAAAAUAGAAACGGUCUUGGCAUGGCAUCCAUUUUACCAGCUGGGUAUCUGUUACAAGUAUUGCUCAAUGGAUAAACAUUGAUCAUAUAUUGGAGAAAAAAGCGUGAGAAAGUUCAAACUAUCAUCAAUUGGAUGACAUAAAUGCUAUAAUAAUCCUUCUUGUAAGUUAACAAGAGAAAGCGUUUACCUUUUUGAGUAUUUUAUCUCAAGCCUUCUGUGAAGCUUCAAGUAUAUGCUUUAAGAUUUGGAAAGGGGAUCAGUUACAAUUGACUGAUGUGCAGCGACUGCCGUCUUCAUGCCGAAAUCUAGUCACCAUCAGUCAUCAUCAGUCAGACUGUGUGUCAAUCAAUGAGGUAGGCGGAGCUUGCAGCGAGAUCGAGGCAGCGGUGUAAGACCAAUAUCAGUGCUGUGCUGAGCCGAUGCCAACCGUACCAGAAUAAACAUACAAAAUGAAGUUACACAAGGCAGCGUCUAUAACCAUUCUAGUGAUUUUAAACAUUCUAUAUUUAUUACCAAAGGUAUUUUGCUCAGGGGUAAUAGAAUUACAGCUGACAUCGUUCACAAAUAGCCGGGGCUUGGAUUACGAUGGGAGCUGUUGUAAUGGGGUCCUGGAUACCUCCAACCCCGCCCUGGGGCCAAUGUGCUCGGAAACCUGCCAUACGUUCUUCACCAUUUGUUUGACUAAUUAUAUGAAUACAAUACCGCCGGAUUUAAGUAAAGACAAGUGCCUGUUUGGAUAUGUAAUGACGGAUGUUCUAGGAUCUAACAAUGUGAACUUCGAAUCUCUCGAAGGAUUUAACAACGUGAUCAACUUUCACUUUAAUUUCUCUUGGCCGGGUACCUUUUCCAUCAUUCUUGAGGCCUGGCACGAUGCAACGCUUUCCAACCCUGUGACAGGAAGUCCAAGAGAACGUAUUUCUCGUCUGGCUGUACAAAGGGAGUUGCAAGUCGGUUCCGAGUGGAGCAACUUUAUUCAUAAAACCGACAAAACUGAGUUAGAAUACCGAUACAGAGUUCGAUGUGACACGAACUAUUACGAUGCUGGCUGUUCGAAGCUCUGUAGGCCACGUGAUGACCAUUUUGGCCAUUACACGUGCGAUGAAAAUGGCGACAUCGUCUGCAUGAAAGGAUGGUUAGGGCAGUUUUGUGAUCAAGCCAUCUGUGCGGAAGGGUGCCAUCCUGACCAUGGUUUCUGCGACCAACCAAAUGAAUGCAAGUGUCGGGGCGGCUGGGAGGGCUCUGAGUGUACGGAGUGCAUAAAGUACCCCGGAUGUAAACACGGCACGUGCUCGCGACCCUGGGAGUGUAACUGUGACGAGGGCUGGGGCGGCCUCUACUGCACCCUAGACCUGCAGUUUUGCACACGGCACAAUCCAUGCUUGAAUGGUGGCGUGUGUCAGAACACCGGAAGCGGAAGUUACACGUGCAUCUGUCAGGAGGGUUAUAACGGCACUAACUGCGAACGGGAGGUGGAUGACUGCCUCAGUAAACCGUGUGUUAACGGCGGUUCCUGUGUCGAUGUGGGAAAUGGAUUCCAAUGCCGGUGUCCGGUAUCCUAUACUGGGAAGCGGUGCGACAUUCGAGCGGAAAGCUGCGAGAAGAAUCCUUGUAAAAACGGCGCCACGUGCAUCGAGGGUCAAGGGUCGUACUCGUGCAAAUGUCGGACAGGCUUCAUGGGACAGAACUGUGACAUUGAGGUCAACGACUGUGACCCAAACCCAUGCCGAAAUAAUGGCCGCUGCAUCGACGAACUGAACGGUUACAAGUGCGUCUGUGAGCAGGGGUUUACCGGAAGUCUUUGCGAGGAAAACAUUGAUGAUUGCAGCUCUAACAACCCGUGCUUAAAUGGAGCAACGUGCAUUGACAAAAUUAACGGCCAUGCGUGUCGCUGUGUGGCCGGAUUCGUGGGGGAGCUUUGUGACACGAACGUUGACGAUUGUGAAACACGCCCGUGUGCGAAUGGCGGACUAUGUGAGGAUUUGGUGAACGAUUUUAAUUGCACGUGCAGGCCGGGGUAUGCUGGGAAGUUCUGCACGAUAGUCAUAAACCCGUGUGAAAGUAGCCCUUGCCGAAAUGGUGCAACAUGUCGGCCGUCUAUAAAUAACUAUCAUUGUGAAUGUGUGCCUGGCUUUACUGGAAAGAAUUGUCAGUAUUUGCCAGGUCAGAUUGUAACGAGCACUACCCGGGACUUCUCCUCCGAGCAAGUUCGUACUACGACACCGUCGAAUAAACAAGGAAAUACAGCAAUGCACCAGGAAGAUCAAGAUGAAGAAUUCACCACCACGCAACUGUUGUUAAUUGUGUGUUUGGGUGUUGGGAUCCCCCUGUUGGCUAUAAUUAUAGUUGUGACAAUUCUGUUGUGUCGGCGUCGGCGACGCCCCGACACGCGAAAAGAGGAGGACGAAAAUAUUCAAAAUUCCAUAAACAAUAAACUAAGGGAGUCCAAAAUAUUUACAACACUCCCUCAAAGCAGUUCCAACAUUUCAAAUUUAGCCAGUAAAGUGUCCAACCAGGACAGUGACUAUAAUUCAUUGAAAUCAUUCAAAAGACCUAGUUCACAAAUAUACGUAGGUGAUAAAUAUAUAAAUAAACAAUUAAUAAAGCCUUAUAACACAGACUUACAAGUGCAUUCAAAAACCAGUGACUAUGAAAAACCAGCAAAAUCCUACGAAAAGGAGAAAGUAUCAAUUGAUCCUUCAAAUUUAGAUAUCAGGGAUUAUCGCGGUUCACCAGAUAUCUGCUUUAUUGACAAACAAAACAAUAGAGACAUUAUCAAUAGAAAUUCCUUACUAAUACUAGAGCCACAACUUCAUCAAGAGCCACACCGUCACAGUAGCUACUAUGGCGACGACGUUCUCGCGACGGAAGUCUAGUGACGUCAUUGACUCCUUAGACAAUCUUUAAAAACUGCAAUAUAUUAAAUUAUUAUAGAACUAGAAAAGGUGUAUUUAAAUGUAUUUAUUUCGAAAGAGAUCUCGUUACUUUACCUGCCCUUUCGCGGAGCUACAUAUCGAGAAAUACAGGCGGACUUUGAGUGUCGUCUGCCACAUUGUCGUCUGCCCAACAAGUCCCACCUGUGCCUUUAGCGCGCGGCUCUCGGAAGUGUGGUUUUCGGAGUGACUAUUCCAAAGAAAAAAUGGCAUCUUGUGCUGCACAAAACUAUUUACUUGCAAAGGGGGAUUCAACACUGUCUCGGGGAGAAUUUGCGCAUGCGCACACACGUGCAUCAUCACGUGAUCGUCAUGAAAUGACGUCAUCGUUGACACUUCACUGCGAGUCAUUUUGACUAGUACAACAUGUAAAAUUUCGUCCAAAUUCUGCUGUUAUUUUAUUUCAACAAUGGGUAUCGACUUCUCUUUAUCAUUAAACAUUUGUGAUUGUUUGGAGUUUCUGGUUUGAAGUUAGAUUGUAUUCAUUCAAUUUCAUGUCUGGCCAUAUCAAAUGCAAGUCACGAUAUCCAUUGCUGAUUCAAGAUAAGAAUGGAAAAAAUUAACAUUGCCAUUUCAUUAUGCAAAAUCAGCUUGUGUAUAAAAUCUCAAAAACUGAAGCUUUAGUGAUUCUAUGAUAAAUGCUGAAAGGAGAUGAAUUUCAGCCAAUCAUCAUCGAGAAACUAUUCACGCCAUUUCGUCAUCCGCCAUUUUGAAAUCCAUAAGUGCUCAAUAAAAAGUGGGACCGAGUAACCGGAUCAGAGAGCUAGGAAAGCGUGGUGCAAGUUUGCACACAGACAUGAACUAAGAUGUGAAUAAAACAUGUACAAAAGACUGAUCAUUAUACAUAGUGCUUUGAGUGCAAUUGACAAAUGUAGUUAGCAAGGUUUUUGACAAGUAAUGAUGUUACCAUAUCGCUUCACUUACAAGUAUAGCUUUAUGAAUAUCGUUGUGUGAAAUCUGGUCUUUUCAUAUAAAUUUGUACAUACAUUUUGAUCUGCAUUUUUCUCGAUAAUGUAUUGUAUUGCUAAAUUUGUACAUGUACAUGUUAAUGAUGAAUGAUGCGUUUUCAUUGGUUAAAACCGAAAAUUUUGGUAUUUUUAAACACUGAUGUCAAAAUUGACUAAAUUUUUGUAAGUUUAAAAAAAAUCCACGAAUCACCGAAUAUUAUGUAACUGACGAACCAUCUCAAGAUAUGUAUAGUUCUAGUCUUUGAGUCAGAAUUUAUUUGGAAACGUAUAAACGUAUAUUUGGAGAUUGUCUGUAUUUAUAAAUGCCAAUGAGUGCUUAAUGCUUCAUAUAAUGACUUGAUUUUGUAUUGUCAGUAUUCGCAUCCUAGAAUUUGUCUUACAUAAAUGAAUGAUUUUUUAUUGAUUUUUUGGAAACAUUUUUUUUGCUUAAAAUGCUUUGUAAAAACUAAUUAUUUUUUCUUACUUUUCUGAAUUUGAAUGACAUUUUUACUGGCGAUUUGUCUCAAAUAGAUAAGUCGACAUCAUUAUGUAUAGUUUGAAAGUUUCAGUAAUUUAUUUAUAAUUCAUAUGAAAAAUAAAUGUUUCAUAAAAAAUAGUCAUAAGUCUGCUCUAAACAAUCCAAAAGAAAAUAACAGGGAAACAGUACAAUGUGUGUGAUCAAAUAUGUAAGACAAAAUCGCUGGUCUUUAAUAUAGGGCAUACGAUUGUAUCAAAAUUGUUGAAUAUGCAGAUUUUUGUAAUUUGAAGUAUUGUGUUUAAAUGAUUGAACUCCACAAAAAGUUGAGUAGAACUAAUCAGUUGUGAUUUAUCUGCGCCCAGAUUUGCAUUUUGUUUCAGAUUUCUGUUAUUUGAACUGGAUAAUUUAUUUUUAUUUACGUUGGACAUAGUGUUACAGGCUUUUCUGUCUAAAAAAAGUUGAGAUUUAGGUAUCAUUAAAUUUAAUUUCUAGUUUAUGCAUGCAAUUCUUUAAAACUGGGUUAAUUAUUAGACUUAUUUGGUAAUUUCUGCUGGAAAUAAAUGACUCGGCUAAAUUUCUGAACACACGGCACGUUUUCUACUUUCAUUCCAUUUUCAUCCGGGCAAAUCCCGUUAAAAGUUGCGUCCAGUGUGCGGUUUUGUGUAGCUAAUUUUUUGUAAGUGUCACAAAAUAGUCAAUUUAUUUGUGUUUUGUGUUGUUUUUCAUCAUUUUCUUCAUCUCAACAUAAAGGUUCCUUCUUUUCUCACUAUCAUUUCUGUAUUUGAUAUCAACAAGAGGAAGGAUAAGAAAUAUUCAUGAACAAUUUUCAAAUCAUUUUAUUUCUGCGGUAUUAUUUAUUUAUUAUCAAUCAUUUUAUGAAGGAAAAUGAGUUGAUUGCUAUAUUUUUAACUGACCUGGUAUCGUUAGUCGAGUCUGAAGCACAGCGGUAGAAUGUUUUAAAAAAUAUUUAUUUCAAUUUUAAAAUUUUGGUUAAAAAGAACGUACUCUUCAAUCAAGAGGAUAUUAUUUAAUUUUAUUUCUUUAAAUGCAUGAUAUUAAGAUUUGAUUGUUCAACAUGUGUUUUUUGCUUUAAGUUUGUUAAGGUUUAAUUUUUAGUUCAGUUUGUUUAAAUUGUUGAAGAAAGCACUUGUUUGAAUGAUCUUAAGUUAAAGUUAAAAGUUUAUGUUCAUAUUUUGAGUUAUUUAGAGCAAUCGUUAACUUUAUUUGUUAAGAAUAUAGCAAAAAACAACAAUUCAUGUUUUCCUUAAACGUACCACAGCUUCUGAACUUGCCUUCUGGCAUGGUCAUACGACUAUGACGUCAUUUUAACAAUGAGUGACGUCAUUACUAUUGACCCUGUCAGAUGGCGCUGUGUUAAACCGCCUGUGAUGUCGUUGUAUAUAAUUAUUGUAUUUAUUGAAGAAUGUUCCACAUGUAUAUAUAACUGUUACUGUUUACUGGUAUUUCACAAUAUCAUAAAUUAAAUAAAACAAGUCACAUGUGA